CUAAACCACUGUCGAAGUAAAACUCAACCUAGAGUGAAACAUGUAAACAGUCAUACAUUUUAUUGCGGUGCAAACUUUACUUGGUAAUUUCACUUCGAUUGCAUGUAAACAGAAUUAGAAAGAAGUGGGAGUCAGCAUGUUGUGUAGAUGGUUAUUGUUGACGCACGUGGUCGUAAGUACCGGGAAGUAUGUCGUAUUUUUAAAGUUGGAAGAGGAUAUGUUCAUUAGAAAGUCAUUACUGUUUCGUAACUCAAAUCAUAAUUACCUUCUUACUACCGUAUAUAUAGGAGUGAGUAAUUUAAAAGUGAUAUACGGGAAAAACAGAGCAAGGGGAGAAAAGAUGAAUAAUUCAGCCAUGUUCAAGCUUAUCAUUUUAUUAGCAGUAAUACUCUUGCAACUCGAUCUUUUGACAUCUAAGAAUGUCGAUACUGAGGCAAGCAAUGGAGAAUAUCAACAAGAUAUGGAGAAUGCGGUCGAUGACAACAUACCUGAAGAGUUUGUCGAAGAAAUUGCUUAUGAGAACAAUGAUCCGAUUUACCGACGUCAUCAAAGACGGCGACGUCGCCCUAGGUUACAAGUCUACCGUCGACGUCAAAAAUAUUACUCCUUUCGCCGUCGACGUAAUUAGAUAUAAAUUAGAUGUAAAGUAAAGUUACGUUGUAAAUAUAUA